AUGCCGGUCGGUCGAAAAAGAUGGAAUUUACAUGAUGGGCCUCAAGGGUCACUGAGAAGGCUCCGUAAUCAGCUUGCAGAGGAUGGGUGUGCUGAAUCACAGGUUGUGCUUGCCAAACAACUGUUAGAAGAAAAAUGUGAGUUGGAGGCAGACAAGAUAUCGAACUUUAAACAAGCAUUAGAGUGGCUGAUAUGUGCGACAGAGCAGGCACAUCCGGAGGCACGAAGAAUGUUGAGAAGGUGUAUUCGCAGCGGUGUAAUAGACGAAGAUAGUGCUGCCAUCGUGAGAGCGAAGUCCUGUCUCGCGGCCAGCCGGCAAGAGACGGUCGCAAGGAAGGCGGCACGAGACCUCUUUGCAAGCUUGUCGAAUGGGGAGCAAUAUAUAACUACGGCCCAACUCGAACGUCGCAUACGUGAGAUCUGCACCACAACGCUAAGGAAGGAAUCCGACGAAGAUUCACAAGACGAUGACUCUCCAGAAGAGGCACCCGCUCUCGGUGGAGAACAAGCAUUGGAACCGUCACAAUUGCAAGCGGGCGAUCAGAUAAACACAAAUGGAACUCUCAGGCCAACUCACACGCCCGACGACGAUUAUUCAGACUCUUGCAGUUCCAAUGAAGAGAUAAGGAAUCUCACCGUAGAUAAUCUAGUAUCAGCCGCAGUAGACUAUUGCCAAGGGGAACUCCCUCUAGUCACAUACGAAUUGACAUUAACAGAUCCCAGUUUAAAAUGUCUCGACCACAUACCUUUAUUCCAACAAGCAUAUUUGCAUCCUAUAGUUUUUAUACAAGUUUUAUAUCUUAAACUCCUAUAUUAUUUCGCGUCUUUUUCCUUUAGACUUUCCAAUAUAGAAUUGUCUCUAAUCCUAAUCGCGUAUUUGUCCGUCAGUACAGACAGUCUUUACCAUUUAGUACCAUUACUUUUGUAUUACGUCAGCUUCGUAGCGAUGGUGAUAUGUACAUUCAAAAUGUUACACGCGAAAAGGCAGUUUAUAGACUUCAGGAAAUGGUCGGGUUUAUUUUUGCGGUACAGCGAUGGCAAUUUACAUCCCGACGAAUCAGAAAACCUUUUCGUUAGAAACAACCUGGGCCCUUUCAUCCAAUUCUUCUUAGCCCUAUUCACGAAUUUGUUCCUCUAUCCGUUCAUAGCGACCCAAUGGAUACCGUUCUCCGAAUUCUGUGUUUUGUCCUUUUUCCUCAUGUUUCUCACUCUCUUCUCCUUCGGAACCAACGGUAGCCCGUACCCCGAUAUUUUAGCUCUGAUUUCGUUCGCUAUAAACGUACUAGCAAAAUACCCUUACGAAAAGGACACAGUUGUCCACCAAGGCUGGAGAUUUUUAGAUCUGCACAUAUCCAAUUAUCCGUCUUAUAUUCUAGGGAAUAGCAUCGAGUUUUGUUUAAACGCUCGCGUCUUCUUUUCACUACUGAUACCAUUGAUUUUGGUGGUAAUGGCUAGAAGGAGCCACUGGCAAGGUUUCUUCAAAUACGCUAUGCCUCAUUGUGUUACUUUGAGCUGGUUACAAAUGUUCAUUAUGUGUUCCCAUGGUUGUACCACUUAUGGUCUUAUUAGGGGGACUUUAGCACUCGUGUGCACUUUCUUGUUCUUGCCUCUGAUGGGUAUAGUGACAGUUUCCUUGCCUGUGUUAGCGUUCUUGCAGUGCAUAACUUUGUCCAGAGUGUUCUAUACGGUCUCGAUUGUCGUUGGAUUUCUGUUUAGCCUCUUCGUCAGUUGCAUGUUGGCCAAAUCAGAGAUGACUAAGAAGUUUGUUACUCCGUUUCAGCUCGCUAUCGGUCUGCUGACACUAGUCUACUUCGGCAAUCAGUUCAUAUCCAACAUUCAAGAUGACGGCUUACCUUCAGGCCUAUUAGAACUCAUAGGCGAUGAGAAAUCCAGCAUAAAGAACCUCCUGAAGAACGAGUUCUUAACAGAUUACGACGACAACACUUACCAUAUAAAUUGGGAGGAUUAUUACAGCCAGUGCAACACUCCAUCGUGGGUGGAUUAUAACACUGCGCAAACGCAAAUCAAGUGUUCUGUGCUCGAAGGUGCCAACGUAAAUUGGGAGGGUUAUAUAAAAGACGUUAAAGUGAAAAGUGUCCUGAAUAGAUGGAAUUACUUUGCGUCUUGGCUACCCGGCUUUUUGAAGGAGUACUUCAAAUGUUAUUACGGAGAGGAGUAUUCUACUUUAUGCAAUGGAGAACAAGGCUUAGAUUCGAACGAGUGCGAAUUUGUAAGAAGUGUGGCAAGACAGAGUGGAAAAAGCUGCCACCUACAUAAUUUGGACGAGUACACUUACGAAGUUCAAUUGCAAAUGGAAGCUGGAGGGGGUAUAUUAAAACGCAGAGCCGAGAUUACGUUGAUAUUCGAACAUUUUUUCACUAACUUCACUCGCUUAUUGAGAUCAGACGACAAGAUACGGUUCAAAGGAAUCCUUUCCAACGACUAUAUCUCUUAUAACAUCGGAACCAAAGACAUGAUAAUUAAAGGGCACGAGAUUCAGUGUAUAGACUGCAAACAAGCUAGCGGCACAAUAACAACUAAGGCGCCGCAAACGUAUAAAUUAUCUGACCUAAUCAGAACAAUAUUGAACGAUUGUACAGUAUCCACUAAGUAUAUACUAAAUUUCUUGUUGAAUCCCGUCAUAGUUUUCAAAUAA